CCAAACUCUGAAACAGGGAGAAACCUUCCAAAAAAAACAACGCACAGAAACCGUAGAAAUGGCGGCCAAUCUCCUACUUAUUCUCUUCUUCUCUUCCCUUAUCGUCUCCUCAAAUGCUUCCUCGGCCACCGUAAUCUCGCCGGAACAGAUUCGGGCGGAUCCAUUAUCUUCUCCGGUGAUUGACGGGGCUGGAAGAAGGUCUUGGCAUGGCAGAGUUGAACUUGAAGUGAAUGACUAUUCUGAGUCGGGAUCCAACGGCCGCCACACGCCGCCGAAUCCCAACAAUGGCGGUGCUUGAGAGUCCGACGAGCGGUGAAUCCAGCAUCCAGUAGUUAAUAAAGAAAGAAACUUUUUCGUGUUGGGUUAGGUAAUUAAUCGAACAAAUCCACUUCCUCUGUUUUCUGUAAUCUGCAAGUUGGGGAAUUGCCGAAUUGGGAUCUUUGAAAGGAUGAAAAUCUUGUGGCUAGCGUGGGUGAUGAUCGAUGAAGGUGGAGUCUCAUAGUUUGAUCCUGUCUUAAUUCUUUUUUCCCUUUUUUUUGUUGGUGUUGGUUUGGUGGAAGUUUAAGGUGUUAAUCACUUGAGAUGCUUGGCUAGGCCUGAGCCCCUGACCCAUACGUAAGUUGGGAAGAUGGAGUUCUCUGGAUCUUUUUGUAUAUUUCUCUUUUUAGUGCGCCUUGAUAUGCUUUAUACUUGGAGUGGGUAAUCGUGUGUAGCAAAUUUGUCAAUCCACGGGUCAGAGUCUUGUUUAUCUGGAUCCGGUUAGAAAAAUGGGUGUCACAUAUUUGUGAGUCGAUCGUUAGAAAGUUCUUGGUUGGAGGUCACACAAAGUCGUUUUUCCUUUUUAAUUUGGAAAACACGUUUUUCUCUUCAUCUAACCCUAUUUUCGGAAUUCUAAGUUGAACACUUGAAUAUUGAUGUUAUAUGAGUGUGUGGAUCCAGGAACUGAAUGUAAUAUUAUAAAUUAUCACCCCUUAGGUGAGAUUUUAUAUAAUUUAUAAAUGUAUGGACAAUUU